GUUUAUCUGUGUGCUGCGGCGGCUACGUUAGCUAACUAGUUAUCGAUUGCGCUCGAAAUAAUGUUUUUACUUUCUUUUUCCUACGCCCCACAUUUUUCUUGCUUUUAUUUUUCGUUCCUCUUUCUUCUUAAAGUUAUGCUUCUUCUCCCCCCCCUCCACAGAGGAGAAUCUCCCAAUUUAGAGUAAUAACAUGUAGUUUCUACUUCAUGUUUGCGCUGCCGGUCCCAAUCAGGCAAUCUUGGUGACCCUACCGGGGUGAAUGGAAGACGGCAAAUAAUAAUGACAGGGCUGUCUAGUAGCAGCCCAUCCCGGAGAUCUUUGGCAUGCAAGUAAUGGAUAGCGCUGGGGGAUGCGUGAUAGUAGCAGCCUACGUCAACGCCACGAGUCGAGGAUUGAAAAGUGUGCAUGGUGCUUGGAUUUGUAUUUGGAUUUGAAAAUUAUAUAAAUAUCUAAUAGUUAAUACACCGAUCGAAGCGAUGCUGGGAAGGGCAAAAAAUCCGAAUGUACAUACAUGUACAUACUAUUCUCUAUAGCUUUUAGCAUAGGGCUAUACUAUCCUGCCAUAAUUCUUUCUGCUGGGUCAACAACGAAUGGCGUACAGAGUACUCUGUGCGGAGUAGUAUACUCUCCUCAGUUCCUUUUCUGCCAGGCCUUUGCACGCGAAUUCCGCCCCCAAGCACCUCCCGCUCCCCGCGCGCCCGCGACCUCAAGAAACUGCCAGGUCAGGCAAGGCGGCGAGUCAGACAUGCCAA